AUUUUGGAAUAACUUUAACAUCAUGAACACUUCAAGAUUAAGUAUGAGAGUUCUUUCCAUUGAGAAAAGAAGUUGUCCAGAUGAAAUGUCUGUUUCUAAGGAUGAUUUAGGCCUCAGGCCUAGAAGUAGACAACUCACCAGCCGGCGUCAUUGCUGUCUCAUGCUGACUUCAUGUUCAUGCCCAGUAGAAAGGGAAGAAUUUGCUGGACCUUCGGUCAUACCAAGGGUGGAGGAUGGCUUGUCAGAAGGUGAAGAUAAAGAGCCCAAAAGAAAACCAAACACUGAAGAUAUGGCUUCCUUGAAAAGAACAGUCUCUGUCAGAGAUCACUGCAGGUCUCACAUUAUCUGUCAGAAUCCAUGUGAUUGGUCUUUCCUGGCACAAAAAGCAAACCUCCACUCUCAGAUCAAGAAAGACAAAGUGCUACCAAAAAUAGACCAGACAUGGCAAGAAUCCUUGAAGAAGCAAAAGGAAACAGAUUUGGAGAGCCGAGUUCUGAAAACACUGGAGACAUCAACUUUGGAGAGAACAAGAAGUUACAAUGUGAAUGUUGAAAAGCAGAAACGUGAGCAGUGUGAAGAGAAAUCCACUAAGGACUUAUUGCAAGACCUUCCCUUCAGCUUUCAAUCUGGCAGUGAAUUACCAAUUGGAACAGUCGCCCACCUCAGUUUACUAGACUUUCAGAAAGUUUCGGGACAUCAUCUUUCUGAUACGAGGAACAUGUUGAAACAUCGCUAUAAAAUAAAAAGUCUUCAAGCUUCAAUGAAAGAGAUAUUCCUUUCCAGCCCUCGGCAAUCAGACCAUCAUGUAUUUUUAGGAGGCUGUACAUUGAAAGACAGAAGCCAGGUUGAUCUGAGAUCAAAGGAUUUAACUGUCAAAAAACUGAUGAAAAAUGGAGAAUUGUCAUCCCUGGACCAAACGCAGCUCAGGAAAUGCAAGAAAUACUCCAAAGAAGGAUUUUUAGACCUGAUUUCAUGUGAUAGCAAUGUCACCAAUCGAAUUCCAUUGAACAGACAUGAUCCUUUCUGGCCUGUGGGAUUUGGUCCAUUAUGUUCAACCCCAAGUCACAUCAUAAACUGUCCUGAAAAUGAAGCACUUUGGCACAAGAUUGAACCAGGGGAGUUGAGUGAUUCACAAGCUCAGAACAUCCCUUCAAGAUGUAAACAUCUGGUUUUUGACUCGAGGACAAUGAGCAAAUUGUCAAUUCCACAUUCAAUUCCAGAGGACUGGACUCCCAGUCUGAUGUUUGAGUCAAGAUUCGAAUCUGGAAACUUGCAUCAAGCUUGGAGGGUAGGCCAAUAUGAGUAUAAUUUGGUGUUGGCAAUGGAUACAUUCACCAACAGACACACCCAAUGGUAUUACUUUCGGAUUCAGAACAUAGUGUCAGAUGUCACCUACAAAUUUAAGAUCGUCAACUUGCUGAAAAAAGAUAGCCUUUAUAAUUAUGGAAUGAAACCUUUAGUUUACUCAGAGAAAGAUGCGAAAGAACACAAUAUUGGCUGGUUUCGUUCAGGGCAUCACAUCACAUAUAAACCAUGGAAUAACAAGGGCUUCAACAAAUCUUUGCCCAAUGUACAAUAUUACUGCCUAGCAUUUCAAAUAGAAUUUAAUAAUAGGAAUGAUACAUACUACCUAGCGCAUUGCUACCCCUACAGAUAUACUGACCUAAAGGCUCACUUGGAUGAAAUAGUAAAUGAUUCUAAACAUUCAGCACAUUUUAAAAAGGAGGUACUGUGUGAAACAAGAGCAGGAAAUAGCUGCUUUUUGCUGACAAUCACUGACUAUACAGAUAUGGAAAAUUCUAAAUCAAAGCUUGGUGUUGUGCUGACAGCAAGAGUACAUCCUGGGGAGACUCAAGCCAGCUGGAUGAUGAAAGGCAUUCUGGACUUUUUGCUUUCUGAGGAGCCUACAGCAAAGGAACUGCGGAAGAAAUGCAUCUUUAAAAUCAUUCCUAUGCUAAAUCCAGAUGGAGUGAUAGUCGGAAACUAUAGGUGCUCUCUUUCUGCUAGAGACCUCAACCGAAACUAUUGGAAUCCAGAACAGGAACUCUUCCCUACAGUAUGGCACACAAAAAAGAUGGUUGAAGAGCUACAGAAAGACUAUUACAUCCUUUUGUAUGGAGAUCUCCAUGGCCACAGUAGAAAACCCAAUGCUUUUAUGUAUGGCUGCAGUCAGACAGGAAACACUUGUCAAUUUGAAAUACUCAACUACCUCAGAGAGAGAAUAUUUCCAUGGCUGAUCUCUCAGAGGGAUCCAGAGAGGUUUGACUGGAAGAGCUGCAAGUUUCAUAUCCAAAAGUGUAAAGAAUCGACAGGACGUGUGGUGAUGUACAGGCAGCUCGGCCUUAUAGAUUCCUUCACCUUAGAAGCCUCAUUCUCAGGAGCCAUAAAAGAACAACUUGCUGAGCGUCAUUUCAACAUUCAAGAUUUUAUGUCAAUCGGGAAAACUUUCUGUGAAGGCAUUAUAGACUAUAUUAGUCUGGAUGAAAAUCCCUUGAAACUUAAUGAAGCAAUUCUAAAUUUGACAUAUUCAAUAGCAACAAAUCAUAGCGGGAACAAUACUGCGACAGUCAGUUCAGAACUCAAUUUGUUUGAAGGAGAAGAUAAAAGACACAAACAUGAAAAAACCACUGCUGAUAAUGAUUCGAACUUGAUUCAGUUGGAUGCUGUAAAAGGAAGCUGCAAAAUAAAUGAAUACAAUGAAGAGAACCUCUUGAAAAAGCAGCCAAGACAUCAACAAGCAAAGAAUUUUCUUCAGCUGGAAGAUAAGAUGUCUCUGGAGUCAAUACAGCAAUGCUGCACAUUGCUAAGCCAGAUAAACUUGCCUGAGGCUGUGCUCGAUUCAGAAACAAGUGAAGACAGCGAUAGUGAGUUUGAAUCAGAAGUAACACUUUAUUCCAAAACAAAGCCAACAAAACAAAAACCCUCAAAAGUCAGAUCUGCUCUUCCUGCCCUCUCCAUUCGUCAAAUGGGCAAGCUGAAAUCAAAGCAGAUCAAUCAGAGGAUCUUGAAGAGCUAUACACCAUUUGUGAAUCAAUAUGCAAACCGCAGCAAUGGAGGAAUCCCAAUGUUUGCCCAGGAACGUAUAGUGGAAAGAACAGCAAAGCGAUUAAAAGAAAUGGAAAAAGCUGAAAAAUUACAAGAACAAUCAAACUCUCAUUUACUAAGAAAGAAAGAAGAAUUCAGUCAUAUCCCAGUUAAGAAUCAGAUAUUCUACGUCUGCACUGACCACCAGUGUAAUAAAGGAUUAAACAGACAAACAAUAGGAAGUAAGAAGGAAGCAGUAUUUUCCCAACAUGAGAACAACUACAGAAACAUUGAAGCAACAUCUGCUUUUAAAGAUGUUUGUGUGGUGGGCUUAACUCAAGAUAAAAGGUAUUCCAAACAUUCAAUAUUUAAUUCGCCAGUGGCAAGUAAUGAAAAGUGAGAAAAGAGUACAUAACAGUUGAAAAUAUAACCUUUACAUAAAAUGGAAUAAACUUUAUUUUGACAUAGUUCUCUUUACCUACAAUCAAGAACUAUCAAUUCCUUUUCUGAGCAGUUUUUAUUUGUAUCUGAUAUUGGAUUACUUUGAUAUGAUUCUGUGAAAUAAUUGAAUGAGCUAUUACUGUACUGAGUAAUCAAUUAAAACAACAAAAUUAAUGUUUGAUGUGGAAGUAUAUUGUAAUACCUUUCAAAAUAUUUUAGACUAUAAGUCUUAAAACAACAGAUUGUGCAUCCAGACUUCCAGCAUUAGUUUGGAUUUUUAGAAUGAUUAAGAAGUUUCAUGAUUUUAUAAUUUAAUACAUAUUUGUUUUUAAUAUUAUUAUGACAUAGAAGUGUGCAUUCUGUGCUACAAUAUCGUUCCUAAUUAUGAUUCCCAACACAGCAAGUUUCCAAUCCAAUUAAAGCAAGUGAUCUGGGAUUGCCUUUCCUUUUAGUUGGGAUUAGUUCUCACUACAAAUAAAUGUGAGAUGGAAGAAACUAAAGACCAUUUUAUUUGAAAAAUAUAUGGACAUAUUGCUUUAGCAUUGAACAUUGUGAAAUUAACCUUGACUAACAAGGAGUAACAAUAAUUAAUAACUGGUAGGUGAUGAUAUAGUGGUAAUGUUAUUGCAUUAGUGAGCCAGAAGGUCAGGCUAAUAUUCUGGGGUUUGUGUUCAAACCACAGUGAUAUUUAAAUACAAUUA